AUGGCUCCUCAGAGCCUUUCCCUGGCAGUAAUGUGUGUUUUGAGUCUCUGGACUACAGCUGCAGGCUGUGAUGUGAGACAGGAGAAGAUAGAAGGGCAAUGCUGUGACCUGUGUCACCCAGGUACAUUUAGGAAAGCGUUUUGCCCAAACCAGAAAACUGACUGUAGCCCCUGUAAAGAGGGCUACUUCUCGGAGAACUACACCUUGUUUGACAGAUGUGAUGAAUGUCGAGCGUGCCAACAAGAUUAUGUUGAGAAAUGUACACCAACCACAAAUGCAAAAUGUUCGUGCCAUUCUGGUUUCUUGUGCUCCGACAAUGUCUGUUCAAAGUGUGAAGAAGACAAAUGCGUCAUGGGUGAAAAACCGAAGAGGACAGACAUUGCCGUGGGUGACAAGUUGAUACAGUAUUCGUAUACGUGUGAGCCUAAGCAUUCAUGCCCUUAUAACACAUACUUUGAUGUGAAAGAGGAUCUCUGCAAGACGGGCAAAGAAGGCAUAGACUUCAUUCAUCUGAUCCUUGGCACCAGCUUUCUUUUGCUUACUCUCACUCUCCUUGUGUUUCUAUCUUAUGUCCUCAUUAAGAAGCUGAGGAAGCACAACAAAUAUAAUCAUCCUAUGGAAGUCUUAGCAGUCUCCACCAGAGCCAGUGACUUUCACCUGUCGAAGGAGGAGAGUGGGUUUGAGCUCAUUGUGCAGGAUGAAUCCAAGAACAGCAACAGUUUGGGCUUUUUGCAUCUGUAAAAAGUCUUGUUGAUAACAAGUGUAAGAUGACAUGAUGAGUCGGUUCACUAUAAUGAUAUUAAUGUCAUGGUACAAAGCAUUUCGCUUGCUAUCAGCACAUAUUUAAAUAAAGAACAACCUGUUAUGGGCAGAGAGAUGCACACCUUGUGAAUAAAAGGUUUCUGGUAGAGACUGGGUAAUAAAAUACCAGCAUUUAUUGGUAGACCUGUAAUUUGUGGCCGUGGAUUAUUAUCCUGACAGUCAGACCUGCAGGAAUUACUCAUGUAUAGGUACUGUAUUGUGAACUCCUCCCUCUUGUGUUAGUGUUUCUUUUGAUAUGUAUAUACGUUUUCAUGCUGGGACAGCAGUUUAUGAAAGGUGUGACGGUAUGUGAACUGUA